AUGUCUUCAUUUGAAGGCUUUCCAAAUAAUUUUUCCACAUGCCAAGUUACUGAUUCUUGGUCAUGGGUUGGAAAGCUAACCAAGCUCUACACUUUGGGCCUUGAGAAUACCCGCAUAAAAGGAGAAUUCCUAUCUUUUGUGGCUAACCUGACCCGGUUAAGUGCUCUAAGCCUCAUGGGUAACAAUUUUCAAGGAGAAAUUCCUGGGUCACUCUUUCAGCUCAAAAAUCUUGAAUAUCUUGACCUUUCCUCUAGUAACUUGAGUGGGUUUGUUGAGUUUGAUCAGUUUUCCAAGCUCAAAAAGUUGAAGGUCCUUCGAUUAUCAGACAACAAGUUAUCUCUGCAGAGCAAACCCAAUUUGGGUGCUACUUUUCCACAGCUUGAAGUUCUGGAGUUGAUUUCGUGCAACUUAACAAAGUUUCCAGAAUUUUUAAAAAAUCAAUACGAAUUGUCGUUCCUAGACCUUCGUAACAACAGCAUCCAUGGGCGAAUACCAAAAUGGGUGUGGAACGCAACUAGAGAAACAUUGUUCACUCUCCACCUCGCUCAUAACUUCUUAACAGGGUUUGACCAAAAUCCAAUCAUUCUCCCAUGGCAGAAUCUAGAUUUUGUGGAUCUCCAGUCCAAUAUGUUACACGGAUCAUUGCCAAUUCCACCGCAAUCAAUCAGAAACUAUGUUGUCAGAGACAAUAAUUAUAGUGGAGAUAUUUCGCGCUCCUUCUGCAACUUGAAUAAUUUACAAGCUCUUGACUUGUCCAACAACAGCCUGAGUGGCAUGCUUCCAAAGUGUUUGGGGAACUCCAGCUCUCUGGAAAUAUUGGACCUGCACCACAAUUCUUUUCACGGCAGUAUUCCUCAAAUAUGUCCAGGCAAAAAUAGUUUGAAAAUGGUUGAUUUAAGUUACAAUCAAUUACAGGGGAAGGUGCCAAGAUCAAUGGCCAAUUGCACUCAUUUAGAGUUUCUUAGCCUUGGAAACAAUCAGCUGAGUGACAUCUUUCCAUCUUGGUUAGGGGCACUUCCAGCUCUACAGUAUCUCAGUUUGAGGUCCAAUGGUUUUCAUGGCAUGAUUGGGAAGCCUGCAACAAACCAUGAGUUCCCAAAGUUGUGCAUCAUUGAUUUAUCUAACAAUGGUUUUUCAGGUAAGUUGCCCUCCAACUACUUAGACAACUGGAAUUCCAUGAAAUUUGUUGACGAUGAGAAUCACCAAAUUUAUUUUCGAGUCUCUCCGACGUCAAAGAGGUCAAAUACAUAUGCAGACUCUUAUGAUGUUCCAUACUCGAUCACGACUACUGCAAAAGGUGUUGAGUUGAAAUAUGAUGCGACCCCUUAUCAGCUUAGGUUGAUAGAUUUCUCAAGUAAUAGAUUUGAAGGAGAGAUUCCAGCAGGUAUCAUUGGGAAUCUAAGAGCCCUUCACUCGCUUAACCUUUCCAACAACGCUCUCACUGGUCAGAUCCCCUCAUCUUUAGGGAACUUGACUGCUCUUGAAUCGUUGGAUCUCUCCCAGAAUCAGCUCUCAGGAAGGAUCCCCGGUAAUUUGGCACAACUCAAUUUCCUUGCAUAUUUCAAUGUCUCCCAUAACCAUCUUUGGGGGCCUAUACCACUUGGCCAACAAUUUGGUACAUUCCUAGAAGAUUCAUACCAAGGAAACUCAGGUCUGUGUGGAAAGCCAUUGUCAAAGAAAUGUGAUAGCUCAAUAUCGCCACCACCAUCAAUCUUUGAAGAAGAUGAAGAUUCCGGGUUUCAAAUUGCACUAGAUUGGUAUGUGGUUCUGCCAGGAGUUGUUAGUGGUCUAAUAGUUGGAGUGGUUGCGGGGAACUUUUGGACAAGCAAGAAUCAUGAAUGGUUUUUAGAGAAAUUUAGCAGGAAGAGGCAGCCAAGAGGCACACGGGGGAGGAGAGGACACAGAAACUAA